AUGCAUUUGCCCCGAGGCGCAUUAAGUUUGCUGUUUAUCACUUGCAUGAUGUUUGCCCUGACAAGCGGCCAUCCAUCAAACGACAAGCUUAAGAUACGCAUCCAUGUGCCAGUGAAGCAUCAUACGCAUGUGCACACGAACACGGUGAUAAAGAAGGUGCCGUUGCCCAUCCCGGUGCCGGUCAAGGAGCACAAGGAGCCAAAGAAGCAUCAUCGCAGCAGUCAUAGCCAUCAUCAUUAUCAUCAGCAGGAUGAGCUCGAUGAUGAUUUCGAGGGUUACGAUUAUCCCGUCAAGGCCAAGCGGCGCACGCGGCAUCCUUUUGUCUAAUAAUGUCCACGUGUGGGCGUCACGCAUUGUGGGCGUGUCAUCAACAUGAGAACCAAACGACCACUCACACACACACUCCUACACACUCACACACACAUACGUAAUUUUCGCAUAUUAAGCAAAUAUAAACCAAAAUAAUGAUCGAAUGAAAUGGACAAGUCUUACGAAAGCAAAGAUAUAUAGACAGAUAUAUAUGUAUAUAUUUAACUGGGUGUGAUUUGUCACUGUUUAGACAAUAAGCGAUGCCUUUUCUGUGCAAUAAACAAAUAAAU